AUGAAUCUUACAGUUGCACAAGUAGCAAUCGUGCCAGUGUUUCUUAGCAUGUUGCAGCGUUUGGGUUUGGCCGUGAAUGGAAUGAUGGAGGUGUGUGAUGGGCGUGUCGGUCAUUGUCCAUUUAGGCCAAGUGAUCCGUUGUCUCCAGAUGGGACAGUCAGGAACAUCAGGAAUUUAUUUCAAGAAUGUUUCAUAGGCUGUAAAAACUUUUCUAAAUUUUUUUUGCAGAAAAUUCGCGAUGUACCUAAACAGCGUGCUGCCGUCCGACAGGCCAUAAAAGCUGAGGAUGAAUACGAAGAACAUUGUCGAAAGUGCAACUGGCCCAUGCUUCGUGUCAAUAUAGAUAUUGUUAAAUUGGAAAAGUGUGUGUAUAAUGGUUACACUUAUGAAAUGAUGUUGUUUGUGACCGAUAUGUAUUCAAAUUUCGUGUUUGCGAGAGCACUUCCUUCAGGAUUUAGCAUGAUGCUACUUGUGGAAUAUCUUUCGGAUAUUUUCAGCACCUUCUCUCCACCCAAAUUGUUUACAUCAUCCAGUGACUUGGUCAAACUUGCAAUGACGUUUGUUGAAGACUUAUACAAGAUUGAAAUUUUUCAUCUUCAAGGAGAGGAGUCCUUAGUUAAUGAUUUCUGUGUACAUCUGAACAAACGCGCCGCAGAAAACGGCUUGACGAGUCAAUGGGUAGAUAUUUUGCCUUCUGUGGUUUUUGGUUUCAAUCAGCGAAUUCUUGGUGAUAAAUUAAAAACACCUUUUCAACUUAUGUUCAAUAGAAAACCGGCGGUCGACAGCACUCGCAUAUAUGGAUAA